AUGGUGGGCAUGGGGCAGAAGGACAGCUACGUGGGUGAUGAAGCGCAGUCGAAACGCGGCAUCCUGACGCUGAAGUACCCCAUUGAGCACGGCAUCGUGACAAACUGG